AUGUUUCCACAUGGACUCGGAAGUCUUCUCACAACGUUCAAGGAAAGUCUUGAUCUGGGGUGCGAACGUCGAGUAGAUGUUGACCGACACCGAAGUGUUGGUCAGCCCACGGAUGGCCUUGUGGAAGUAGGUCGCGACGCUGGCAACCACCGUCACGAGGUCCGACAAGGCCAUGACGAGCUGCUCGCUGGUCUCCUGCGAGACACUGAAGAGCUCAGUGCACUCGAGGAGGUUGACCAGGGGCAUCGACAUGGAAUAGAAGAAUCCAAACGAGACCAUGAGUGCGCCGGCAUUCUCUUUCCCAAGCUGUCAUUUACAACAUUUGUCAGUCUAGGUCACUUUCAAAAAGAAAACAAGGGUUCUCCCAAGGGGUCAUACCUCGAGCAGAAGAGAGCAAUAACCAUAAGCAAGCUGAGCAGCAAGAUAGCUAUCCCCAGCAAACUCCUGAACGGCAUGGUCAAACGAGUGCAGCCUGUCGACAAAGAGCUGCGCCCACGCGAGCACCUUGUCGUAGCUGCUCCCCUCGAGAGGGAGUCGAGGACCGACUCGUGGGUGGCGCUCAGCAGCUGGGCCGAGAUGUUGGAACCGAGCUCCUCGGAGCUGCGUCGCUUGAUCGAGUACACGACGUUGGAGAUGCUCGAGGCGUUUGCCAUGGAGCUGCUGCGGGAGCCCAUCUUGCGCAGACCGAGGUAG